AUGGGGAUCCCAUGCCCUCCACCUCCCACCGACAGCAGGCGGCCGGCCAGGCCCAUCCCUGUACCUUCGACCCUGGAACUUUCCACAGCUUCUGGGUCAGUUGGGCCUGCUCUUCUGGAGGCAGCCCCAGGAGGGGUGUCAGGCCGAGGGGAAGCUGCGCCCCAUGCUUCAGCAGCCUGGCCUCUGUCUCAUCCCCGGCCACCUCCAGGCGCAGGUCCCAGACACUACAAAGGAACCCAGGCCCAGAAUGACAAUCUGCCCCGAAGAGGCGCAGGAUGGGCUGACGUUCUGGACAGCCUCACCCUCCCUAGGCCGCCCGCAGAUGCUAGCCUGAGCACACAGAGGGACAGAGCUUCAGUCUUAUGCAGGCCAAGGGCCCAGGAUGUGGCACCAGGCCUUACCACAGGCACCCCGGUCUGUCAGCUGUUCUUCAGGCCUCCAACUGCAGCACGCCUCCUCCAGGAAGUCCUCCAGGAAAAAGUCAGUCCCUGCCUGCCAGCUCCAUCAGGCCCGGUAGCCCCAGGCUCUGCCUCAUCAGUCAGCAAAUCCGUGUGGCUAGACCUUCCAGCCACACCUGGGCCCUGGCCACACCUGCUCAGGUCAAGGUGGUCUCCUCUCUCUGGGACCCGUACCCACUUCCUCCCAGUAUCAGAGACCCUGCCGGCAAACCAUCUUUUGAAAACCUUGCAUAGAUCACAGGCCUCUUCCACCAGCCCCCUGGGCCCCCAUCUCUCUCCAAUAAAAGUCUCAGUGGCAGCUCACGGUGGCCUCCUCCCGUCCGAGGGUCAACUUGGCUGGGAGCUCGCCCGGCCGUCCUCAACCUCUACCCUGGCCUCAGGGCCCUUGCAGGCUGCCCCCUGGGCCCUCAUGGUGCAGUCUAGCGGUCACUGGGUGUCUCUAGCCCUGCCCUCACUGGCCACUGUGCAGGUGGCCUGGGCCCGGCUGCCGCGUGAGCACGGCGCUCAUCCAGGCUGGGCCGGGCUGAUGCCUACUCAUGGGCGUCUGCCACUCCUGGAGGGCACACAGCUUGGGCCUGGGCCAUGUGGCAGGGUGGGCGACAGUGCCUACAGUCCCUCCGUGGGUCUCCGGCCUGGCCCCCCCACCCACGAACACACACACCAGACUCUCCCCAAACACGAAUCCAUUCCAUUUGUGCCAUUGAUUGUCUGCGCAGACAAAGGCCCCUUUCAGACAUGUCAGAGGUUCAGCAAAUAAAUAAAUGAAUGAAGUCCUGGCGGAGGAAGGGCUGUGGGAUGGACUGGGGAGCAGGCCGGUACCUCCUGUGGCUGGCCCGGCCCUCAGAGGGAGCCUGAGCUGGGCAGAUGGCCCAGGGCAUCAAGGGACAGGCCCCUACCUGGGGGCUGGAGCUGUGUUUGGGGGAUUUGGGGUGUGAGAAUGGGAGCCGGGGGUUUUGCAUACAUGGAGUUGGGGUGCCCUGUGGCACAUCCUGGCCGCUGUGGGAGGGUAGACUCAGCGGCCCCGGGUCUGAGCCAGGCAGUGGUGGGGUGGCAGGUCCCCGUGUGUCCUCAGAAGCUGGGUACAUCCCCACAUUCCCCUUCCUGGGGUUUCUGCUUGGAGGCAGACGCAGAGACCACCCUUAGUCCAGGAGAGUAACCUACCCGGUGCAUCUCAGCUCCACAGCAUGUGAUCUGAAGUUGGGGGCUCCCAUGAGCUGCCUUCCACGUGGGAGGCUAGAGUUUCACCUCUCUUCCUGGGACUCCCCCAACUCCACAAGGCCAGAGCUCAUGGGGACACGUGCCCCAGAAGGCUCCUCCCAGCCCUGCCUGGGUCAGACCCCCUGAGAACCCUGUGCUGCCCUCAGCCUGGACCUGAGGAUGUUCCAGGGUGGGCCCAGCGUCCUACCCCAGCCUCCUCCACCAGUGGAGUCGGGGUACCCAGAAGCCUUGAGUGCAGCCCUGAGCUCCUUCUGCUCCCGCCCCCCUCCUGGGCCCCUGGUGGCUGCAGUGCAGCCCCUGGGAGGGCGAGGGCUGCUCCCCACAGAUGGGACGGAACCAGCUGGUCUGGGAGAUGGCAGGCCAUGGGUGGGGCUCCCCAGUCACGUCCUAGCCCAGGCAGGGACCACGUAGGGGCGAUCCACUGUCGUUUUCUCCAGGACAGAAAUAACCAGAAAGAAUGUGAGCUGGGCAGCCAGGAAAGGGGGGCUGGUGAGAUCCAGGAGGACUGCCUGGAAGCAGGGGCUGGGGAAAAGGCCUAUAGAGGUGGCUGGGCCUGAUGGGAAGCUGGGUUGGCCACUCCAGUCCCACCCGGCCAAGCCCUCAGGGCAGCACUGACUCCUGGCCAUUCUGGGUACAACAAUGGCCGGCAUUUAAAUUCCAAUUGAGUCGGCCAGAGUGGCCGCGGGCGUGAGAACGGGAGCCCCCACCCCCAGCCCGAGCCCCGCCCGCCACAUUCCUGCCUCCCCGGAGAUGGCCGUGGCCAGGGCCGUCGCCAGGGGGCCGGGAAUGCGGAGCUCAAUGGCUUGGGACAAGGGCCCAUUGAGCGGUGACGGGCAGGAUUGAGCCGUCAGCGCCCCCAACUCCGGACCCCUCCUCUGUCCCCGCCCCUCCCCCCAGCGUUCCUGGUGUCAGCUGCUCGGGGACCCUGCUGAUAGCCUCCUGGGCUGGGCCCUGAGCAAGCGAGGGCCUGGAGCUGUCUGACUGACCACUGGCCUCCACCUCGCGUACCCUCGCCACCUGGCAGCAGAGGGGCCCCCCGAAAGCCUCUCUCCCCCCUUAAGCCUCUGGGGUUCCCUGAUGCCCACAGGUGUCAGAGGCCAUGCUUCUCCAGCCACAGUCCCCUGCCCUGCUUGGCCCUCCCCCCCGCCCAGCCCUGUCCUGUGGCACCCAAGAGGCCUUGCCAGCCCCAGAGGAAGAGACCCGCUUCCCUACUCUGUCCAGCGCCUGUCUCCAGCCUGGCACUCGGGGACACCUGCCGGUGUUUAAGGAGUCGAGGUUUUCAUGUAUCGUGGCCCAAGACCUCAGGGCGUGAUACCCUCAGGCAGCCUGUCGGAAGCGAGGGUGAAGGAGGCGUGGCAGUGGCCGCUGGCCACUGGUCCUGACCCCGCUGAGCCUGUGGUCAGGCUCAUGCCAAGAGGCCAGCCCAGGCCCCCGGCGUCUGCAUCCCACCUUGCACCUGGGUCUCCCUCUCUCCUCCGCUCCGUGAUGCCUGCCGCAGACCAUGGCCCAUCAGUGUCCAUCCCCCACCCAGAUAGGGUCCCUGCACGCCCCGAGCAUGGCCGGCCCAGCAUGCUUUGCUCCAUCCUCUCGCUGUGCCUGGGCAGGCGCAUGUCAGGAAGAGGCCAGCGAGCCUGGCCUGGGAUGGGGCAGUCCCCGGGCCGGCGGGUGAGAAGGAGGCACAAAGGCCUUGCCUGAGGGACAGCUUGGAGCUGGGGGAGGCUGGCACCACGUCCGAGGGACAGGCGUGGAGGGGGCACCUGAACACCUCCUUCCACUCUGCUGGGAAAGGGUCUCCUGCCCUGUCCCCUGACCACCUCGAUGGAGGGUGCGCUGGCACGGGGAGAUGGAGGCACCCACGGCUGGAAUGGGCAGCCUGCCAGCCCUGCCACCUCCCCUGACAGGUGGCAGGAGCCGAAGAUAGGCCGGGUGAUGGGCUGAAGGGUGGGCCCGGCUUCCGAGUGCUCCCAGGGAAUGGGGCAGGGGCUUGGGCACCACCACCCAGGCUGUGGUUACACUGACCGCCUCAGGCCCAGCCUGACCACCCUCACAAGCAGGUCCCCUACAGGCCAGAGGCACCAGCCUCCCUGCACAAAGGACUCGGGAGAACCGCACCCCAGGUCCUAGCCACCAUGCAGCCACAGACACCCAGGACGGGCUCGCUGGGAGGCUGUGGCUUGAAUGAAUUAGUGAAGAAGGAAAGAGGCUCCUGAUUCACAAGCGUCCAUCAGGGCAGGGCCCACAGCACAGACCUGUGAGGUCCCCACGCCUGGCCCUCACUGCCCGGGGUUAGGGGACACAGGCCUGGGGCAGGUCCUCUGUCCACCUCAGUCUUCAUAUCUCAUCGGCUGGGCUGGGGGUGGGGCAGGGCCCAUGGCCAGGCCCCAGGGUCAAGGACAGCUAUGGAGGCUCCUCUGGUGCCUGCCCCUGGGGGCCCACACCCAGGUCCCGCUCUGGGAGCUCAGGUGCCCCAAGCGGCUGCCGCCUUUCAGCCUUUCAGCCUCCUCCCCAAGCCCUCGGGGUCAUUGAUGCCUCCAGGCCUUUGUGAAAGCUGUGUCCUCUGGUCAGAGAGUAGGCAGGGGGAGCGGACAGAAGAGCCCUGAGGGGUGAGGUGGGGCCU